CUGGUUACACAUUGUGAAAAAACGUGAGCGGUUAGGAAGCGAAAUGGGGAUAGAUUCAUUGCUUUUCAUCUUCUCGGUGAUCGACGAAGGAGCGCUGCUCUUUCUCGUUGUAUAUUUUGUGAUAACCUUGUCAGAUUUAGAGUGUGACUAUCUAAAUGCGACAUCAUGCUGCUCAAAACUGAACAAGUGGGUUUUACCGGAACUGAUUGCCCAAUCAGUGCUAGCCUUCUUCCUACUGGUGACAGGUCACUGGAUUCUUUUCCUAAUGUACACACCUGUUACAGCAUGGAUGGUGUACAAGUAUGUGACAAAACCCUCUGGGAAUAUUGGUCUCUAUGACCCUACAGAGAUUCACAACAGACACCAACUGAAAACCUACUUAAAAGAAAACCUCAUUAAACUGGGAUCACACCUUAUCUUCUUUUUUGUUUUCUUGUAUUGGAUGAUCAUCUCGCUUUUGACCAAUGAGGCUACGGGAGCGUUUGGCUCGCAGGCUGCUCUAUUGGCCAAUUUGCCGGAUGUACAAGAUGCACAGGAGGUUACGGAUCGUCUUGAUGGAUAGAGUCUGAGAAUAACAAUACAGAAUCAGGGAACUACAGUGUAGAGAUUAAAUCUGUACUAUGAUAGUCACAUGCGUGUCAUCGCUGCCAGAAAUCCUAUAGAGAACCAACGAACACAGUGUCUGAAUGUUCUAUUUACCGCAAAACAUGUCCUGAGAAACCCGUCUUUACUGACAUCAAGAGGGACUGAAACUUUUGAUAAAAAGGUCAACUUAUCUUUGUGGGCCAUAAAAUCAGGUACAAUAUCUAAUAUACCUGGUACCUUCAAGUAAGGUGUUGGUUAAGUCUGGUAUUGGUAAAUAAGGUGUCGGUAAAGACAGGUUUCAUUAUAUAACUAAUUGAUAUCUAAUAUCAAUCUAUUGAUGCAUAUGAAUAAUUUUGGUGCAAUUUAUCACUCAUUUUAGUUUUUAAAUUGAGGUACCUUUAAUAUUAAAAGUACAAGUUACUUUGUUGAUACUGUUGGCUUUUUAUUGUGUUACAUGUCCAUUUUUAUACAGAUAAACAAAGUAAGGUAACAAUGUAGGUGUUUGUACUUCUUCAACGAUGUGCCAUAAGUAUUCGGUCAGAGUAGCAGCUAUGGACAAUUUCGAAUUUGUGAUUGAAAAUCAGAAAGUGAAGAAACAAACAGAACUUGUGACUUAAUGUCACAAUAAUUUGAAAAGCUCAAUAAAAUGCAUGUGAUUAUCAUUGACAAAGGUUUGACAAGGCCAAGACCAUUCGAAACACCAUGAAGUUUGGGUAUGCAAACAUGCUGCAGUUUUGAUUAAAUACUUUUCGCACAUCACUGUACCUCAUGAGGCUCAAUACAAUAGUGUACUGGCAAAUGUUGAGUUUAAACCUUUCAAUUUGUCCUAUGUGAGAUUUUCUGGCUGCAUGAAGGAGGAAUAUCAACUUUAUUAUUGCGUUGUGACAGUUAAUUUAUGUUAAAUAUACUAAGGAACCAUGUGGAACAAAUUGUUGAUAUAAAAUAAAUGUGUUUCAAGUGCUUGAAAUUCAUAACUUGUACUAGAAUAAUAGGGAAAAUGUCUUACUAGAGACUAGUACCAAGGGAGAUAAUCCAAGAUGGCGGUCUCCCAGAAUCGUCGAUCUUUUCCUGAAAAAAACUUGAAAUU